GUGCCAAAACAGGUGUCUGUUGAAUCUAACCGUUGCACUCCUGAUGUCACAUUUUUGUCUGAAACAGCUACAUUGAAAAGAAAGUCUACAGGAGAAGAAUCCACCUAGUGCCCCACCCAAAAGACACAAUGCAGGCCAUGCACAUUUAGCAGGCCAGAAUCCUAUGCUUGCAUCUAUGUUAGCUCAGACGCCAAGGACACCACCAUCAGUACCAACAAGUGUAGCCAGUACUAUCAUGACCCAGUUACCUCAAGAAAGGCUUCCAAAAAAUCUUGAAAAGAAACUUGUUCACACUCCAUACACUGCCACUUCUGCUAAUGGGAUUUCUACCUCGUCACAAGCAUUUUCCCUUUCACUCGUAACAGCUCCAAUUCAGAGGGACAUUGUUACAUCUGACUCAAGAGGUCAUAUGAUGCAGCAACCUUCUCAAAUCAAUGUUCAUUCAGGGCUAAAGACUGCAUACUCUCAACAACAACAGCAGCAAGGUUUUCUUGACAAAAUUUUAAGUGGAAGUGAUGAUAAUAUAUUGAUUGCAAAGUCAUUAUCUCUUGGCUUUUCGAAUAAUAAUCCAUCUGCUCAGAGUUCCACUUUUGCACAGUUAUCUCAGGCCACUACUGAAAAUUCAGUGACAGCUAGUCUUGCUGACAUUUUAAAUGACCCAGUUCUUGUAGAUGUAGAUGCUAUAGCUGAUUCUAUGCAACCUAAUCAAGCAUCUGAUCCUCAGGAUGCACAGAUUUUAGAAGAGAUAUGCAGCUUGCGAGAAGAUCACAAUGUUGAGACUCGAAGAGGAGCUGAUGAUCGCGCUGCGAUUUUAAAACUCCUCGGAGAAGUCAGUGAAACAACUGAAGCCAAUAUAAUAACACGACCUGUCACAGUUGCUACAACUCAAGAUAUUAAUGAAAAAAUUGCUAUUAGUGCUAUUCAGAAAGAACUCAUGGAAGGAAGCUCUGCAGCAAUUGCAUCUCGUUCACUUGCACUGCAAAAUUCUACUGUUGUAUCCUCCCAAGCAGGUAGAACAGGAACACAAAUUUCUGGAACUCCUGUUGUUCAAGCUCAGUUGACAUCAGAACAAGUUCUUUUGCUUCAGCAGCAGCAGCAGUUGAUGGCUGGUUCUUUGCCUCCUAAUUACAGUUUGGUGACAAACAGAGUAAGAUUACCUGUCACUACUCAAGCUAGUUUAUCAAGUAAUCAAGAACUUUUAGCUCAAGCUCAACGUAGAGGUCUGCUGGUUAGGAAUACUUAUAUUGGUAUUGGAAAUGCAAAUGUCAACCAAAUCAGAAAAACCAUGAAGACAAGAUUAUACCUGCAACAAGCGCAGAAGCGAGCAUUAGAGCAGAAACAGCAAUUGGCCUUGCAGACUCAGCAACCUCUUGAUGUAAUAAAUUCUCCAGCCACUGCAGCGUCUUUUCCUGAAAAUAUGAAUGACCUGUUAAAUAAUACAGUUGCUCCAAAUGUUACAUUAUUGCGUUCUUCUGGCAUUCCAGAAGUUCCUGGUUCAGCACGUUUCAAUCUUACAUUAUCAAAUCCACUUCCUAGUCCUACCAACCAGACUUCUCCCACCCCAGCACAGUUGUCUCCUGGACAAAGGUAUAAUCCACGCUCUCCAUUUUCACCACUCUCGCAACAGCCUUUUCCCAGCCAAACUCCUCCACCUGCCUCUUAUCAAACUGCUCAAGUUUCUCCUCAUCCACCGCCUUCGUAUCCUCAGGGAGGACCUAGUCAUUCUCCUUCACCUAUUCCCCCUUCUGGAUCACCUCAUGUGGUGGUGUCACCUCAGCCUAGUGCUGGAUCACCUCAGUGGAGCCAGCGCAUAACUACAAGCCCAAUACAGAAUCUUCAGUUACAGAAUCCAAUGCUUAAUGCACAGCUAUCACAACAGGCGUCUCUUGGAUCUACUCAAGUUCGAUUGACAUCUCAACAGAGGCAGCAGCUGGUUAUGCGGUCUAUGUCCAGCCCUGCUCCGAAUCAGAGUACAAGAACUACUGCAUUCUCAUCGCAGUCAGAUGUUAACUAUACGCCUCUUUCACCUGUUAUGCUUCUUCAGACUCAAGCUUCACAACAACAGCAACAACAAAGGGUUCAGAGAGCUCGUAUUGCAUCUGGUUCCCAAAGCCAGUCAAAUUUUGCCAGUAGUGAGCCUGUGUUAUCUCCACGGCCAUUGUCAUCUCCAAGUUUUUCUCAACCUGGAGUUACAACUGCAACUUUUGUGUCAAUAUCCUCUCCUGGGGGUCCUCUUACUUACAGUGUUGCUCAAGGUGGCCAACAGUUUACGUUUGAGAGGCAAAAUGCUCAAGUGUUUACAAGUAGUCCCGGUGAUAGUAUUAGAUCAUCAGCAACUGUUCAAAAUGCAUCAGAGUUAUUGAGACAGGAGUUGCGGUCUUCCCUCGCUCCUCGAAAUCAGCAGGUCUUGCUGUCUUCAUCAAGCUCCAAUCAACAGGUGCUUCAAUCACUCUCUUCUGGGUCUGUUACACGAGUGCUCAAUGUUCAGUCUCUUAGUAGAGAAACUCUUGAAGAAUUGGGGUUAUCUAUUGAUUUGUUGUCAGAUGGGCAAUCCACGUCACAGAGUUUGUAUUCUCAUACAUUGCUGAAUAUACCCAACAGCCUUGAAUCUUCAUCACAGCCUGUUGUCACAAGUCCAAGGGCACAGGUGGAAGAGCCAAAGCCAGCUGAUCAGAAGAAAAGCUUACUUCAACAGCUUUUGUCUGAACCUACUUGAAAAUCAAACUGUACAAUUAAAAAUUUUUAAAUGUACAAAGAAAUUAAUGUUACUUUGUGUUUUGUUAUUGUUUUAACUGUGUUUUGGUCUGUUGUUAAUAAUGUGAUUAAGAAGUAAUAUAAAGUUGUUCCAGCAAAGUGUUGAAUAAAUUAGUAACUCAAUAGUGUUGCCAAGAAUAUGUCAAUUUCUUUCAUACCUAUGUAUUGACUAUGUUAUUACAUCUAAAAUUUAUAUUGUGAGGCAUUCUAAAAUUUUUAAGCUGUAAAAAUAUGUACAUGUUGAUUUUUAUUUAAUUGGAUCUCCAAAGUAAGAAAAUUUUAAUAAUCUUUAGGAAAAGAUAAAAUAUAAAAUUUUAUUUUAAAAAAUUUUGUCUGGUAUUAUGGUUACAUAAAAAGACUAGAUAGGUUAUAUGAGAUAAAAAUUUAAUUCUGAAAUGUCUAAACAUUUAGGUUUUAUAUAUUUUCCAGUGAAAAUUGGUUUUAACUUUUGAAAGCAGAAUUGUGUGAAACAAAGCAAUUGUUUUUGGCAAAUGCAAAUUGCAGCUGGCAAAUUUUAAUGGCAUUUAUAGUGAUUAUUUAAUCAUUUAUUCUAGGGAAAUUAUUCUAUACAAACAUCUGCAUUAUACCUGUUAAACUUUUGAUAAUUUAACAUAAUGGUAAAUUAUAUUUCUUAUAGAGAAAAUAUAAAUAAAAAACUAAUUGUUUAGAAGUUUGUAUAGCAUUAUUACAUUUUAAAAAUUUUUCAGUGGUUCUUGGAUCCAUCAUCUUUCAUAAUUUAUAAAUUGUACUGAAUAUUAAGCUCAUUUUUGCCGUAUAAAAAAACCGAAUUUCACUGUUUUAUACAUUUAAUCAAAGUACUGCAUGCUUGAUGUGAUAUAAAAUGUAUUUAGUUCCUGUAAAUAUAAUUAGAAUUUUUUUUUUUUUUUUUUUUUUUUUUUUUUUUUAAUUUCUAUUCAGAAUUUUUCAGGCUACUUGCACAUAUAUUAAAAGCAGCUGAUUCUCAAGUUGGUAUUAUGCUUAUGUGCAUAGUGAAAUUAAGUCUAAAAAUUCAUAUGAUAUUAAGUAAUUUCAAAGAAUAUAAACUGUAGUAAAUCUAGCUUUUCAGAAGAGAUAUUUUUAUAUUUGUAAAGAUGUAGCAAUAAGUAAUUCAUAAUGUUGGAUGUUACAAGUUUUUUUCCAAUGUUGGAAGUUGUUAAAAAAUGAAAUUCUGAUUUUUUACAUUGAACAUGUUUUGUUGGUGUACAAAGAAUAUCUCAAAUAUGUUAUUUUAUAUAGUAUGGUGAGCUAAAAAAAUUCUGUAAAUUUUUUAUGCUAUUUAAUGCCCAAAGAUAAAUUUCAUUAUUAAGAAAUAUGAAUGGAUUAGAAUAAUUAUGGCAAAAGUGAAAAAGGAAGGAAACUUUCUUGAAUGAGAGCUUCUUAAGGGAAACUAGCCUAAUGGGUGGAAGGCCAAUCUUGCAAGUCCAUACCACUGCCUAGGAUAAAUGAAGGAUAAACUACUAUUAUUUCAAUUUGUAAAAUAAUGGAAUCAGUCCAUACCAAAACUGCUAUUGUUUAUUUUUGGAGACAAAACAUGAUAAAUAUUGCAGAAAAAAAGUUCCAAUCACAAUUUGCUUUCAAAAGUGAAAUGUAUAAAAUUUAUAUUUGUAUAGGUGAAACUAAAUGAGUACAAUGUAUAGCUGUAUUUUUCACUCACUUAAGGCUGCUUAGAGAAAAAUGUCUACUUACGCACUCGAAUACCUAGGCAAUAGCUUGCAUAAGUUUCUUGUGAUUGUCUAAAACUGAUGAACUGACUUGAAAUAUUGGUGCUGCAUUUUGUAUUUCCAAAUGUAUUUAACUUGACCUAUGAUUUUUAGAUAAGUGACUCUUUCCAUCCUUUCUAUAAGAUUAUAUAUGGCCUUAUGAAGACACCGUAAAUACGUUUGUUAAUAUAAUGAACUGUAAUAUUUUUGUAUCUUUUCCUAAAUGGGUACUAUUCAAUAUGCUGUACUAAAGUGUUUGUUUGUAUAAAAUAUUCAUUUGUUAUGUUUUGCAUCUCAUGGUUAAUAAGUGUAAAAUAUGGAAGCAUGGCCACAGCUGUUAAUCAUAUCUUUGAUUUUUGUCAUUUAUUGUUGCACAAUGAAUCACAUCCACAGAAAUUGGCUCUUGGGCUAAGUUAUUUGCUGUGGAUUAUUUGUACAGUGUUAUUUUCCUGUAAUUUUUGUAUUUAACAAAAUGACAUUUUGAUCAUAAAAUGGAAUGUGUUUUACAUAUUAUAACAUCAUUUUGUUCUGAAAUGAUGAAAUUCACAAUAUAUAACAUUUAUUGUAUUUGUUUUCAUGGUAAAACAUUUCUUGAGUUCCUGAUACUUUCACAUUGUAAAGUUUGUUGUAAAUCUAAAUAAAUCUGGGUUUAUAAAUA